CUCCACAGAUUCCACACUUUAAAGGAUUACAGUGCCAAGGAAAUCCAUCAAAUUGGACUGAGUGAAGUGGAUCGCAUUGAAGGCAAAAUGGAAGAGGUGGUAAAGGCACUGGGAUACAACAUGCCAGUCCAAGAGUUUUCCUCCCUUCUCCGAGACGAACCUAAGCAGUACUUCUCAAAUGCUGACGACUUGCUCGCCGCCUUCAGAGUCAUGGCAAAGGAGAUUGAGCCGAAGAUGCUUGGACUCUUUGCGGAGCUCCCAAAGAUAGAACUGAAGAUAGAAGGUGACCCAAAUCCAAACAAAAUUGGCGCUUUUUAUGAGGCGGGCUCGUACGACGGAACACGAGGGGGGGAUCUUCCAAGUCGGCAUACAUCACUUUGACACAGUAAAGAGGUUGACCGAUAUAUCACAUGGCCAGGCCAUGCUUUGGCAUACAAAAUGGGCCAGCUGAAGAUCUCACAGCUGCGAGACAAAGCCCAAAAGGAACUCGGUGAUAAAUUCUGCAUCAAGACCUUUCACAUUAUUGUCAUGGAGUCAACUGGACCUCUAAGCCUUUUGGAAGAGGAAGUCAACAAGUGGAUAGCAGGCGAAACCCAUUAUGCAAAGGACAGCUAGACUUGGUGCUGGAUGUGUGUAUAAACUUGAGGUUCCCUUUAUUUGUCGCUAAUAUAUAACAGAAAAAACAGAUAAGUAAUAGUUGGACAAACAUCAAGUGAUAAGAGUUUAUAAGAAUUAAUUAUAAUGGUGUAUGACCCUUUGGUAUCAACCAGUCGAUUUGCAAAUGUGUAUUGAAAACUAUUUUUCUGCGAUUCAGGUACAUUUUUGACACUAAACUUUGGGUGGUUGGGUAUCAACCAUGACCUAAAGUCACAAGAAAGAGAUAGUAUGCAUCAUCCAAUGUCUACUGUCACACUUUAAGUUGUUGAAAAAUAUUCUGCUGCAUGAACAUCUACGGCCAUUAACAGCAUAUUUAAAAUUUGAUAGGGGCAAGGAAGGAUUGUUGUUUCAUAAGGCAUUGUUUGUGGAUUUCCAGAAUGGUUAAUGGAUAAAAAUGAAUGUGCCAAGUAUCAAAGAUCAUAACAUUAUGAUAAAGUAUUGUGGUGAAAAGGGUAAAAAUGAGUUUACAAUUAGGAUCAGUCGACAGAAUGGGAUGAAGAAGAGAAGGAAAAGGAAAGGAGGAGAAGAAAAGACCAUGCAAAAUUAGUUGGGGCAAGGGCUGAGGUCCAAGGCAAGGUUGAUCCCCUAUAUUAGGCCUCAGUCUCCACUUCCUAAGCCCCCCACAACAAUAAUGACCAUGGGAUUGGGGGGCUACUAACAUGAGAGUUUGUGCCAGCAUUGGCACCAUAGCUUGCUUUCUUUCUUUCUUCUCCUUUUGAAUAAUUUGUGGUUUCCUUCCAUAUAAACUUGAGCAGGAUAAUGGAGGACACAAAAGGGAAUCUGCAUGUGUAUGGGUGUCGGGUGUUAAGGUGUCAGGCAUGCUUGUUUGUAUGCAAGGCUACGUGCAUAGAUUUGAAUUGUACCCAAAAUCAUGUUUUAGAAUAUGGAGAUCUCCCAUCAUGUUUCUGUGUACUGUUAAGGGAGUAUAUUUUCUUAUUGGAAAGGUUUAUAUGGUGCCAGAUUUUAUAUACAAAUAUCUAUCUGAAGUUGAGUUUUAAAUAUUUUAAUGGCUCUGUUUCUUUUGAAAAAGAUUUGAUUGUGAUAUAGAAAAAGGUCUGAGAAUGAACUAAUAUACAAUGCAAAAGUCACAAUAGACACAUUUCAGUUGAAUUACUUACAAGUAUACCUGAUGAUGAUUUAAUAAAAAAUAUGUUGGUUAAAUCUCGUGUUCUGAAGUUACUGUCUUCUUUAAAACCUUUUUCUAUGUCUGCUCAUCGCCUCCUUUGAGCCCCUGGAGGAUGAUUCCUGUUAAAGACUGCAGUUGAAUGAACCUGUAAGUUAACAUUGUUAAAGAUGGUAAUAUUGUCAUUUGCUGCUGCUGUUUGUUUUUGUGUGUAUUAUCCACGAGCUGCUUUUUUAACAUAAAAUAUAAAAGUUAUAUGUUUAAGAUUAGAGUUUGUGAUUUUAAUAAAAAUAUAGAAAAAAAAAUGUCACUUUCUCCUCCCAACUCCUGACCUU